AUGGACUCUAUAUCGCUACAAUUGGCGCAUCAGCUAACCGGCAAAAAUGUCCUGUUGGUUGGAGCGGGUGCUGUUGCAAUUACUAGGCUUCCAAAGCUCCUGCCGACAGGUUGUCGACUCACCGUCAUCGCACCAGAGAUCGAGCCAGAAGUAUGGGAACAUUUCGACAAAACAAGCUCUGAGGAGCUUCAAGACUACAUUGACGAAGACUGGACUGCAGAUAAACACAAGAUUUACCGUAUCAUCAACCGAGGGUUUGAAAAUACGGAUUUAGUGCUUUAUGGAGAUGGCUCAAGCUCACAAUCUGACAAAGAUGCAUUUCUGAGUAGUACUGAUCCCAAUUAUUCAUUUACGCCAAGUGUAAACAAGGGAUGGCACAUGGUGCUGACAUGCAUCCCAGACCCCAAGCUAAGCGAACGCAUCUUCUAUGGGGCCAAGCUGGUGCUAGGCCAGCAAGUUAUGUGCAAUGUAGCAGACAACCCACCUCUUUGCGAUUAUUAUUUUGGAAGCAAUGUUACUUUGGGUGGCUUUUCCCGCAAUGAUUCGCAGUCCCGCCGCAGCAGGGAAAAGCCCAUCCAGAUUUUGAUUUCCUCCAAUGGGAACUCUCCGAGGUUUACCGCUUUGUUAAAGCAAGAAAUCCAGCGCAAAUUCAAAUCCUUGCCAAUCGGAUUAAGCGUCGCCAGAUUAGGCGACUUGAGGGCCGCCAUUCGCAAGAGUUCGGAGGAAAAGUGCCCCACAGACUUCACAAAAGCACAACUCCUCAAAUUUAGAAUGGAUUGGAUACGUAAGUGUACAGACGCAUUUGGCAUCGAUUAUUGCUACCGAAUCAAUGUCGAGAAGACUACCCGUCUCUUUGAACAAAUGCUGCAAGAGAAAAGAUUAGAUCUUCCUCCGCGAGAAGUUCUCUUGGAAGAUUACUUAGACAAGCCUUAG